AUGUGGGACAUCACGUUUGUGGAGCCGCUACCGAUUUCUUGGGUCUGCGCCCGAUGCGGCAAGGUUCCUCCCUACGUCCUACAGCUUCCCUGCGGCCACUCAAUUUGCGGCUUGUGCCGAUGCUUGGAUUUGUUUGAUGAGCUGCUGAGGACCAGGAACGACGUGUCCAGCUGCUUACUCCGCGGCGAAGUGUGUCCUCUCGACGGGCUCCCAUUCCGCUUUCGCAACGCUGAGGUCCACUACAACAGCCUGGAGAACUUGCGGCACCUGCAGGUGUACUGCGUCCACGCGCGCCGCGGCUGCCCCUUCAGGUCCGAGCUGAGCCGUCUGGAAGUUCACUACGACGAGUGCCGCUUCAUCUCCGAGACGUGCAACCUCCGCUGA